GUGACCACUUCUGCCAGUAAUCGUUGUACUGUAGAGAAAUGCGCAAGCGUUAAGUUCUUAAACUACAUGUAAAUUUUGUUGUUAUUUCUUGCAUUUUCAUAAUAUAAGCUUUUCAAAUUCAGAAUGUGCGACAGCAAGGAUUCCACAGCGUUGUAUGAAUCCAAGCAGUCACCGCUAUACAAUGCCAGCUUGGAGUGCAUUGAUCCGUUCGAUUCGUCAUUUGACGAAGCCAAAUUCUUCGACCAAUCCAUGGUGAACGGCAAAACUAGUUCUAUCACGAAAUGUAUCCGCAAGGCGGAACAGAAGGCAUUCGUGAGAAACCAUCUGAAGCGCUACAUAUGUAAACGCGACCGAACGUUAGUGCGUUCAGAUAGUUGUAGCAAACACACUGCUAACCAUGGCUAUCAUCGAAUAUCUCGCCACGUGCUACGACCCAGUUUGAUGAUCUGGGCGAACAUGACUCGUUUUUUUAUCCGAGUAGUCAAUGACUCCGAAGCGAUACUGAUCUUGCGGUCCGUGUAUCUCUUGGGCGCCGACAAAAGCCUGGAGUCAGCUUUUAACGGAGUUUUGCGCAUGAAACCUGGCUACGCGUUCGAUAUCGACUGUACGGUAGAGAACUACGCUCAAAGUGCCCCGUAUUCAAUAGUACUGAUGGCAACGGCUGUUGGAAGUUCGAUCGAAAUAGUCGAACUGUAUCACACGAAAUGGUUAAGAAACUCUAGGAUCGUAGGAACACCUCUCAAUUUGGAUAUACUGCGUUGUCAGGUAGUUCUUGACUCUCUUAAGGAACUGUAUAGAAAUCAUUUCAUGGAUUGCGCUUACUAUGCUCAAGAUGAUCGUAAAUGCUUGAAUAAACUUCGUGCGUUUAACAAAGAAGGGCUAACUCCUACGAACUAUAUAGAACAGUUGCGUCUACUAAAUAUGAUCGAAGAUUACGAUAUGCAGUCAAUACUAGCAACAUAUACGAUAAAGGGAGUUACCCUUGUACCCGCAGAGAAAGAUUACCAUUACUUGAUAAGUUUAUGUCAAUUUAUCGUACCACCAACACUACUCGAGAAAGAUAAUUGCGUCAGAGUUUCGGUCGAUCGUUUUUCCAAUAAUCGCGGCAUAUAUGUGGAGCAUAUCAACGGAUUAGUAGAAUCGAUCAGUGAAAAUGCGAUUACUAUCACUAUGCGAGAGAGGGUCCGCUUCCAAAUGCCGUGCUCUGUCGAGUUUUUCCUAAACCGGACCCGGUAUAAGCUGGAGUAUAAUGCACUUGAUCUACUACGUUCGGUGGACUUGACAAAAUUUUUGUUCCCAAAGACCACUUCCAGAAACCCCGGAGAGCAAAUAAUCGCUUCUGUACCGAAGUUCAAUUGGUUUCAGACUUUUAUCGGAACAAACCGAGAGCAAAUGAGAGCUGUCCGGAAUAUAGUACACAGGACCUCUUUUCCGGCACCCUACAUUGUUGUCGGACCCCCAGGCACUGGGAAGACGGCCACCAUCGUGGAGGCUGUACUACAAAUCUGGAAGACCCAACCUCAAGCACACAUUUUGCUUACUGCACCCUCCAACAUUACGUGUGAUGAGCUUACCGAGCGAUUGAGAGUAUUUGUUCCUGAACGAGAUUUGUUUCGGUUUUAUUCACGCUCACAGGAACAUAAACUUGACAGUGUGGAUGUUAAUAUUUUGGCGCUUUCUAACCUUGCGACGGGCGUUCAUGAAAUUCCAUCGUACCAGCACGUUUAUGGCAGCCGUAUUGUCGUCAGUACCAUGAACAAUUGUGGUCGCUUUGCACAAGCCUCCAUCUGUCCCACGGUAUUUGACUAUAUAUUUAUUGAUGAGUGUAAUAGCGCGAAGGAAAUUUCCGUCCUGGUACCAAUUGCUGGAAUCGGGACGACCUAUUCAGCAAUCAAUGCAAGCGUGAUACUUUCGGGUGAUCCAAAACAGCUUGGUCCUAUAAUUCACUGUGCAUAUCUCAAGCAAACUGUUCACCGGAAAUCCAUGCUAGAGCGUUUGAUGGGUCUUGAUAUAUACAGGCGAGAUCCUAGCACUGGUCAGUAUAAUGCAAAUGUUAUCACUAAUCUGAUAGACAGCUAUCGAUCGCAUGGCAGCCUAAUACAUCAUUCCAACGAUUGUUUCUACGGAAGUGAACUAAGGCCCCGGAUAAUGUCAUCCUCCACCGAGUGGGUGCUGCAUUGGAACUACUUGCCUAAUCCAAAAUUCCCCAUAAUUUUCCACUCUAUCUCCGGACUAACUCGGUUCGACAAGCGGUUGUACAGUUCGUACAACAAAGAAGAAGCGCAGACGGUGGUUUUGUACGUCAAGAAGAUGUUGUCAGAUGGAAUCAACGGACGAUCAAUCUCCGAGGAAGAUAUCGGUGUCGUGACCCCUUAUACAAAACAGGCGUCCUAUUUGCGAAAAAGCUUCCUCAAUAAUGACUGGCAGAACAUUGAGGUGGGAUCGGUCGAGCAGUAUCAAGGUCGCGAGAAACCGAUAAUGAUUCUAUCGACGGUACGCUCCAAUGACACAAAGGUGGGAUUUUUGUCAAACUGCAAGCGACUCAAUGUUGCCAUUACCCGUGCGCGUGCCCUAAUGAUUAUCAUUGGCAAUCCGGCUGCCUUGCAAUGUGACCCUCAUUGGUACCGCCUACUGCGGUACAUUAAGGAUAACAAAGGUUUAAGGGGAGGAAACUUUGCGCUUGAGAGAAUGGUGGUAGAUUUUUCGAAAACCCCAGCCGGUUUUGCGAUGGAGGAGGAUGAAUUUGCAUAAAAGUCAAAAUGUUAUUUACAUUAAAGUCCUGCUAUUGUAUUAUAUUAGUGUUAGUAUUCAAUUUUAGUUUUAAUGCAACUGUACAUAAAUGUAGAUUUUUAUAUGUUUAAAAACUGACAGGAAUUGAAUACCUAUUUCCUAUUUCAUUGUUUAUAUUUAAGUUUUACAAAACAAAUCACGUUUUUAUGGAAUAAAGUUAAAGUUAAUAACUAUUUUUGUCGCGAACGGAUUUUGGCGAUUUAUAUACUAAAUGAAUCGGAAAUUCCGUAAGAUUUGUUUAAUAUGCUAUACAUUAGAUUCCCCUGGUUUGUAGAUGGUUAAAAUUCAUGAAAACUUUAAGCGUUUCCAUUUUCCCAUACAUUUGUUCUGUCCAUUUGUGUGCUUUCCCGAACAGAGCUUUCAAUAACGAGCAACUUAUCGACGACCAACGGAGG